CUUCUGUAGGGUUGUUUGAGCACCACAGCGACGUCUCGGGUGACUCAACAACACCUGCGACGCAUAUGAGCAUCAGCGAAAUGGCGUCAUAAAUUCAAGGUUAAGACCGAAAUAAUGCACUCAUGAAUUCUGUCAAGAGGUAAUAAUGCUCCGUGAUGAGUUAUGAGGCUUUCAGUCAAGUCACCACUGCUGUCAAAAAAGUUCCGUUUGUUUCUCGCGUUUCGCGGUUUAUUACUCUUGAACAUCCUGUGGAUUUUGUCUCUCCGAACACGGAACUAUGUAUCACUUGAUGAGGUCUCUCUACCUCUACGCGACAAGCAAGCCGGAGUAUUCAAUAAUCCUACUUGGUCUCGAUAACGCCGGCAAGACGACCCUACUUACCCAGAUCAAAGCCUUGUUCAACACCGCGAUCGAUCAGGCCGGGCAGACUGGCGAUGCCCCCGCCUCCGACACCGCUGGAAAUACGGUGCCGACCGUCGGACAAAACGUUGCCACGAUCGAUCUGCCAGACAUGUAUCUCAAGAUCUGGGAUGUGGGGGGCCAGAUGAGCCUACGGAGACUGUGGACAAGUUACUACAAGAGCGCACACGCCGUCGUGUUUGUGGUCGACAGCACGGACUUGGGCAGCGGCGAACUCGACGACGCCCCGAGAACACCAGGCUGGCAUACGCGGAAAAAGAGUUUCAUAAGCAGCAAGACGGACGAUGAUGAGCCACAGACACCGUGGACCCCAAUGACGCCAAUGACACCGGGAAUGCUGUCUUUGGGGCAGUCGCAAGGACGGCUCGACGAGUGCAGAGCGGUGCUGGAGAGUGUGUUGGAAAAUCAAGACGCUGCAGGUAUACCUAUCCUGGUGCUGGCCAACAAGCAAGAUCGCGAAGACAGCAUCGAGGUUGUCAGAAUCAAAGAGGGGUUUGUAAGAAAGGUCUUCGAAGGUGAGAAGGGAGGUAUGGUACGAGACAGUCGCGUACUACCUGUCAGUGCACUUCGAGGGACCGGAGUUAAAGAGGCUGUGGAAUGGGUCAAGAGCCGUGUCGUUUGGAACAAAGAAGGCCGACCUCCAGUCAUGAGAUGAGGAUCAUUAUUCUUGUUUGUGAAGACUGAUACUACAUUCCUGGCAGGACACACCAGCUACGAUGUGUUGCUGUGGCCGACGGCCGCUGGCGGAAAGUCCGGUCAUAGAAAGGUUCGCUCCAAAGCCGCAUAUUGGGGUCACUCCGCGGUGUCCGACAAAUGCUGAUCGCCGCCCAAGAGACAGAGACCCAGACGCGGUUUUGUCCUUGGUCCUCCCGAAGGAAGAGGUCCGGAAGAGGCGCGAUCAUGCUCGAGCGCUCGUUCGAAUCGCCUCGGGUAUAAGUCGACACGGCCGAUUGCAAGUGACACGCCGAGAAACAUGACUUCCAGGCCAAGAUGUAUGCAGGCACAUCGAGCACGACGAGGGUGUUAGAAGGUCAAUCGAUCCACCCCUCAGAUUCGUUGUCAUACCCAAUGAGCUUCAGGUCAAUGUUCAUCUCCCGAAGCAUUUUGUCCAUGGUGAAGAACUGGCAUGUAUAUUAGUGCGCCCAACACAUUUGGGGCGAAGACAGUUCAAACUUACACUUGGAUGAGUAUCUUCAUACUCUGCAGUGGUGUGUCUCUCUGUCUCCGUAGUUGCAAAUUCGCGGGAAGAAUCCUCAUCUACUUUGGAUCGAGGAGAUUCGUGACUUGUCCUCUGAACGUCGUGCCAAAGACGUGCAUCCUCUUGUAAGCGGGCUUGCCAGGCUGUGAAUCCACCCAUGUCGUUGAUACGCUCCUUUGCUUCCUCGAACAGUUGUUCAGCGACGUUACGGGCAACCUGCUUCCAUUUCGAGAUCAAGCAUCUCAAUUGUGCAUCCUGUUGAGACGUCUCGAUAUGCAAGACUUGUUGAGCAAGAUCAAGUGACUGGGACAGUUUCUUCAAUUGAAGUGAUAGGGCAAUAUGUUGCUUCUGAUUGCUUUUGUGGUCAAGACCUGGAUCGAUGUUUCGAUCAGGGUGGGUUGAUUCGGGACCAACAGGCGAUGUGGACGUUCUAUCUGCAUCAUGAGAAGUAGUCACGGGCGGCGAGGAUUGCUUAGUGGCUUCGUGAAGCCUUUUUUCUGGGCUGGAAAUGUCUCCUUUGUGGGAAUGAUUGCUCGAAUGAUUUCGUAGCGGUGAGCGAAAGGGCUUGGUCAACGAUGUGGCAGACUGAUCCAGGCGUCUCCUCUUGGCCGGAUGCAUAAUCUGGCGUUCUGCUCCUCACAGAGGGUGAUCACCCUGUAGUCAAAUUGGCCGAAGUGCUGUAUCACCAGUGAUAGGCGGAGUGCGAUGCUCGAAAGAUCAUUCAGCUCGCAGCUGUUUCGGAGGACGGCAUCGGGGGCAUGGAACCUAGCAAUGCCUAUCCCUCCGACCCGUCAGUCCUUGCGUCAGGGAUUUGUGGUUUUGCUACUCCGUAAUUAGAGGCGACAGAAGAAACAGGCUUGACAGAGGCCGCCCAGCUUACGGAGUAUCCCUUCAGCUAGCGACUCCUGACUAGUACUCGUAGCACUCUGUAUGGUGCAAUGAUUCCUGGACGCACUCGGCAGAAGCAGCGACAGGCAAGGAGCCUUUCCAGCCACCGACAG